AUGGCUAGAUGGACUACCAAUCCAUUGUUGCGCGGCCACAAACGCGAAACCGCCGUCCGCAAAUGCGAAACCGCCGUCCGCAAACGCGAAACCGCCGUCCCCAAAUGCGAAACCGCCGUGAUAAACUGGCUGGAUCUUCCAAACGACCUAACUUUGAUGAUCUUCUCAAGGCUUGGCACGUUUGACAUCUUGAAUAGCGUCCAGCAGAUGUGCUGCCAUGCAAUUGAUCGAAGUUGUGGCCAGUUGGAAGACAUAAGUAUUCAGUAUUUUGGUAACGAUUGUCUUCUUGAAUACAUAAUUGACUCGCAGUGUAAUUUGCGACGGCUACGACUUGUUCAAUGCUUUUAUGCCAUUUUUGACGAAGGAUUAUGUGAGAUCGCUCAAAAGCUUCCGUUGUUGGAAGAACUCGAAAUUACUCUUUGUAAACACGUAUCUUAUGUUGCUUUAGAAGCUAUUGGCCGAGGUUGUCCUCUUCUGAAAUCAUUAAAGUUUAACCACAAUGAUUGCAGUAGGGGUAACGAAGAUGCAUUUGCUAUUGCACAAAAUAUGCCCAACUUGCGCCAUCUCCAGCUUGUUAGAAACGAUUGUAUGGAUGACGAUGGUGUAAGCGCCAUUCUUGACGGCUGUCGUUUUCUUGAAUCUCUGGACAUACAACCAAAUACACCCGAGGGUUUUCUCGGCUACAAAUUUAGAGAACGAUAUAGUACAUUGUGGUACGAUGACUUCAAAUAUACCUUUACACCUCGCAAGGAAAGGCUCAGUUAUCAUAUUGCUGAGAAUGAAUCACAAGAUAAUGAUAAGUCUUCAGAAGAAGAAGAAAAAGAAAAAGUGACAACAGAAGAAGUGAUAACAGAAAAAGUGACAACAGAUUGGGAUGAAAUAUAUGAUAUAUGGGAAUAUAUGGUAUGUUUGGAUAUCAUAUGUUGGAAUGCAAUGAGUCUGUCUGGGUACGGUGAAGGAGCACUUUCAAAGUUAGACUGA